CAUAUUUGACAGGACAGAGCCAGGCAGAGCCCGCAGUCCAGCUCAGCCUUCAGUCAGGCACAGACUCUCUCCCCCCUCCAGUCUCGUUCCUUUGCUCUCCUGUUGGUUUUGUCGGUGCUACCGAACAGCAACAAGCAGCCAUGGACGCCAUCAAGAAGAAGAUGCAGAUGCUCAAGCUCGACAAGGAGAAUGCCUUGGACAGAGCUGAGCAGGCAGAAUCAGACAAGAAAGCAGCUGAGGACAGAAGCAAACAGCUUGAGGACGACUUGGUGGCUCUGCAGAAGAAGCUGAAAGGAACCGAGGAUGAGCUGGACAAGUACUCCGAGGCUCUUAAAGACGCCCAGGAGAAACUUGAGCUGGCUGAGAAGAAAGCCACCGAUGCUGAGGGAGAUGUCGCCUCCCUGAACAGACGUAUCCAGCUGGUUGAGGAGGAGUUGGAUCGUGCUCAGGAGCGUCUGGCAACAGCCCUGCAGAAACUGGAGGAGGCUGAGAAGGCUGCUGACGAGAGCGAGAGAGGCAUGAAGGUCAUUGAGAACAGAGCCAUGAAGGACGAGGAGAAGAUGGAGAUCCAGGAGAUCCAGCUCAAAGAGGCCAAAAACAUCGCUGAGGAGGCCGACCGCAAAUAUGAGGAGGUGGCUCGUAAACUGGUCAUCAUUGAGGGUGACCUGGAACGUACAGAGGAGCGCGCUGAGCUGACAGAAAGCAAAUGCUCUGAGCUUGAGGAAGAGUUGAAAACUGUGACCAACAACCUGAAGUCACUGGAGGCCCAGGCUGAGAAGUACUCACAGAAGGAAGACAAGUAUGAGGAGGAGAUCAAGGUCCUCACCGACAAGCUGAAGGAGGCUGAGACUCGUGCUGAGUUCGCUGAGAGAUCAGUAGCCAAGCUUGAGAAGACCAUCGACGACCUGGAAGAUGAGUUGUACUCCCAGAAACUGAAGUACAAGGCCAUCAGCGAGGAGCUGGACCACGCCCUCAACGACAUGACUUCCAUAUAAAUUGUUUACACCUGGUCAAAGACGCCUCCUCAUGCCCGAGCAGCGCCUGUCUGCUCUCCCUCCAGCCUGCUCCCCGUCUUCCCUUUGCUUUCCUUUCCUCCUCAUGUUUUCAUGUCAGCUAUACAUCCAAUCUCUUGUACAGAAUCCUAGAGUCUUUCUGCAUUGUGUAAAAAAAUAAUAAAAAAUCCUUCCUUCUAUUGUAAUCUCUAUCUCUUUACUCUGUUCCUUGUUUUUCCUUUCUGAUGUCUUAAUGUAAAGUGGUUCAAGUAAAAUCCCAAAGCCUUUUGCUGUCAAGUCGUGUUAUUGAUUUUUCUUUUUCAUCUUAUCAACCCAUUAGCUCCAUCUGUACAGGGCGUAGUCUUACAAAUUUCAGUUGAUGUCCUUUUAUUUAUUUAUUUCAUUUUUAUUUUCUUCAAAUAUCCUGUGAAGCUGAGGUGUUAGGGAUGUGUUGGCAGCAACUUCAGGUGCAUGACUGAAAACUGAGCCGAACAUUUGAAACUGAAGCAUGCAAGCACUUUUGUGAAAGAGAUGACAGGAAGUGUGUGAGAGAUGAUGAGCAUUACUGCUAAAUCCUAAAAAGAUUAGGGCGAUCUGGUGAAACGUAGGAGUUGUGGAUUCUCAUCUGGUGCUGGCAAAGUUGGAUGGAGUUGAUGUUGGUAAGGUGAACAAAAGAGCUUUGUGUGAUGUCUCACAUUUGAAUAAAUACACAAUGGCAGA